AUACUGCGGGUGUGUAUAAGCUGAAAAGAUUGAGUUCGGCUGCUCAUUUACGAGCUUGAACUUUUUCAACCGAACUUUCAAAUUGGGUUAUUAUCUGAAUCGACUGGAAUUGACUGGGUGCCCAACCCAAUCGAGUGGGUGCUCAGGCACCCGUAGACCCCCCUUGUUGCGCCCCUGGUGGUGUUGAUUAAAGAGUAAAUAAUUGACUAAAAUCAGUUAGUAGGGAAAAAGGUGUUUUAUUACGCGACAAUACACUAUACUAAGUGUACCCACUUCUGAUGGAUAGUUUUCCUUAAGCGGUUUUCAUAAUCCUCCUUCUUCAUUUACAAUUUUUAAAAUAACACUAAUUGAGUGGUAAUCGUGUUGAAAUAUGUGUAAAUAGAGAGAGGAGCUGCAGCUUCAGCAUUAAGAAGUACGGUCCUCAGCAGCAGACCGACCAAUGGAUGCCCGAUUGCGGUAAUGGCAUUAAAACCGAUGGAACGACAUUGAUCACUGAUAACGACCCGUCAGACGCCUCAAUCAAGGUCAACAGUACGUUCACUAAGGAGUGGGUCCAGCACUUGACCAAGAAGUACGGCACCGCAGACAAGGGCGGAGUGCUCUUCUACGAAAUGGACAACGAGUACGACCUGUGGCACAGUACCCACCAAGAUAUCCAUCCACAGCCAGUCUCAACCGAUGAGAUCAUUAAACUCACUGAGGAGCACGCGCUGGCCGUUAAAGAAGUCGACCCGUCCGCUUUGAUCCUCGGACCAGUCGGAUGGGGAUAUUUGUCGUUUCUGCACUCGGGCCUGGACUUUUCCAGUGGGAAUGAUAAAGACAAAGAGAGCCACGAAAACCUAGAUUUUGUCCCCUAUUACCUGAAAACGAUGAAGCAGUUGGAAUCUAGUCACUCAAAACGACUACUCGAUUAUCUCGACCUCCAUAUGUACUCACAAGCGGCUGACGUGUUCAGUGACAGCACAGACCCGGAGGUAUUGGCAGUGAGGCUCAGAUCAACUCAGUCUCUGUGGAACCCUGAUUACAUAGACGAGAGCUGGAUAAAGGACCUGGGUGAACCGAAUAACCGGAUACAACUGAUUCCAAGGAUGAAGCAGGCUAUCCUGACUUACUAUCCGGGUACUAAAAUAGCCAUCACGGAAUACAGCUGGGGCGGUUUGAACACCAUAAACGGCGCCUUAGCACAAGCAGAUGUACUUGGUAUUCUGGGAAGAGAGGGCGUUGAUCUGGCUCUCGCCUGGGGAUCGCAAAAUACCACCGAGCCAUGGGCGUAUGCUUUCAGGAUGUACCGCAACUACAAUGGAAAAGGCUCUCAGUUCGGCUCAAUCAGUGUUAGUGCAAAAUCGAGUGACGAACAGAAGCUUGCAAUUUAUGCGUCGAUCCGACCGUCAGGCAAGAAGUUAACUAUUAUUGCCAUCAACAAGGACCCGAUCAAUGAAAUCGACACGAAGAUCGAGAUCAAAAACUUCAACCACUCGGCCAGUGCUAAGGUCUAUACGUAUAGUCAGAAAAAUCUAACUAAGAUUGUGAAAAGCAAUUCCCCUGUUGCCAACAAUUCCAUUGGACACAAAUUCCCCGCUUAUUCAAUCACAUUAUUCGAAGUAGCCCGAAAGUGAUUUUCUUUGUGUUGAUUGAAAACAUUAAUGGCCGCGGUUCCUAUAAUUAAAUAGAACUAUGUAAACAAUACUUCAAAUCAUACAUAAAAAUUGAAUAUUGUUAUUUUGAUUAUUUUAAAUGAGUAUUGUUAUGUAAAAACGAAUUUCAUAU